GCCACCCCUCCUCGGCAGAUGAGCGCAUCUGCCUUCCAUCUCGCCCUUCCGCGCCGGGCCCUCCCCGGCUGAUGGGUACCACCGGGGCCUGACCAGCGCCUGACGUCGUGCGCAGUAUAAAGGGAGCGGACGAAGGCUGUGAUCUUCACUUUCUUUGCACCUCUGCACCCAACACACAUUUCGCCCACCACUACUACCCCACCGCACUCGAUCACCAUGUCCUACAACAACGACAACUCUUACGGCUCGUCCAACAACGAUUCGUACGGCUCAGGAGGCCGCCAGGGCGGCGACUCCUUCGGCUCAUCGGGCGGCCGCGGACGCAACGACUCGUACGGGUCAUCGAACAACGAUUCGUAUGGGUCGUCCAACAACAACGAUUCGUACGGCUCGGGCGGACGCCAGGGUGGUGACUCGUAUGGCUCGUCGAACAACGACAGCUACGGGUCCUCUGGCCGUCAGGGCGGCGCCGACUCCUAUGGCUCGUCGAAUAACAACGACAGCUACGGUUCGUCGAACAAGGACUCGUACGGCUCGUCUGGCCGCCAAGGCGGCGGCGACUCCUACGGCUCAUCGGGCCGUGGCGGCAACGACUCGUCGUACGGCGACAGCAACAAGGCGUCGUAUGGGUCGUCAAACAACGACAGCUACGGCUCCUCUAACACCGCAUCCGGCCGCGGGGGCAACGACUCGUCGUACGGUUCUUCGAACCGCAACGACAACGACUCCUACGGGUCCUCUAACAAGGACUCGUAUGGAUCGUCGAACAAGGACUCCUACGGAUCGUCCGGUCGUGACAACUCCUCGUCCAACAACAACUCUUCGUCAUACGGCAACUCCUCAUCCAACCGUAACGACAACGACUCUUACGGGUCAUCCAACAACUCGUCCAACAACAACAACUCCUCGGGCGCCCCCAAGCUCGACGCGUACGACAAGGGCGUCAAGUACGCGGCCGAGAAGGCGGGGUUUAACUUGAACGACUCCACCGCGGACAAGAUCGGCGACCAGGUCAAGGGCUUCUUCAACAAGAACAACUAAAGUCGUAUACCCGCCGGUGGCCUUCGUGGCCACCAGCCGUUAGCCUUCGACGGCCUCGACGCUGUCGAGCUAGGGGCUCGUUUUCUGGGCAGGAUCGUUGGGUGGAAGGUUGAGGGGACGGAGGAUAGAUGAUAAGGGGAACGGAUGAGGGAGACUGGGAGGCAGGAAGCGAAGAGGGGCGACAGAAGGCAGGAAGCGAAGGACUCGGAUGUAACAUCGGACUCUUGUGUGUAUGCAGACUACGAAGCGGCAAUGUACUCUGACGCCCGGUAGGGCGUGUACCUCAUCUAUCGCGCGCUUGAACGUGUCACUCAUCUAUCGAGCGCGCGCCUGAGCGUGUCACUGAUCUAUAUCGCGCCUAAGCGAGCAAUUUUGACUGAAGACAUGCAUCGCGUGCAAGCGCAUCAUACCGCG